AUGGCAUCUCCCCAGCAGCUCCGCACCACCACCACCGAUCUCCUGAAGAUCAACCACCCCGUCAUGCUCGCCGGCAUGAACGUCGCCGCAGGCCCCAAGCUCGCGGCGGCGGUAACGAACGCCGGCGGACUCGGAGUCAUUGGCGGUGUCGGCUACACGCCGGAUAUGCUGCGCGAGCAGAUCGCCGAGCUCAAGUCCUUCCUCAAGGACAAGAACGCGCCGUUUGGCGUUGAUCUGCUGAUUCCGCAGGUUGGCGGCAGUGCGCGGAAGACCAACUACGACUACACCAAAGGCAAGCUCGACGAGCUCGUAACAAUAAUAAUCGACUCGGGCGCCAAGCUCUUCGUCUCCGCCGUCGGCGUGCCCCCAGCACACAUCGUCAAGCGCCUCCACGACGCCGGGGUCCUCUACAUGAACAUGAUCGGGCACCCGAAGCACGUCCCCAAGUGCCUCGAGCGUGGCGCGGACCUGAUCUGCGCCCAGGGCGGCGAAGGCGGCGGGCACACCGGCGACGUGCCCACGACGAUCCUCAUACCCACCGUCGUCGAAAUGUGCAAGAACGCCACGUCGCCGCUGACCGGGAAGCCCGUGCAAGUCGUCGCGGCGGGCGGUCUCUUCAACGGCCAGAGUCUCGCAGCAGCGAUGAUGCUCGGCGCGUCCGCCGUCUGGAUCGGCACGCGCUUCGUGCUCUCCGAGGAAGCCGGGGCGCCAAAGGCGCACCAGGAAGCCGUGCGCACCGCCUCGUUCGACGACAACGUGCGCACGAUCAUCUUCACCGGCCGCCCGCUGCGGGUGCGCAAGAAUCCCUACAUCGAGAACUGGGAGGACAAUCGGCAGGCUGAGAUCAAGGACCUGACGGCCAAGGGCCGCAUCCCCGUCGAGCAUGAUCUCGAGAAGAUGGGGGAUGAUAUCGAUGAUGAGACGAUGGAUAAUGCGCGCCCGUUUUUGAUGGGCAAGGCGGCUGCGGUGGUUAAUGAGAGGAAGAGCGCCAAGGAGAUUGUGGAUGAGAUGGUUGGGGAUGCGGUGCAGUGGCUGCAGAAGGGGAACUCAUGUAUUGUGAGCAAGAGCAAGUUGUAG